ACAUUCUUGACGCCCGCUCUGUCUCAUGCAAGAACGUCUUUUUAUGGUUCGAACGGACCAAUUGACGAUAUUUCCAGAACGGGUUGUUCCUCUGGAUGUUACAUUGCCCUGGGUUCCACGCCAUCAUAUGGAAACGGCAAUGAAGUGAUUAGUUCUCCACUAUCUGUUUUCAACAUUGAAAGUGGUUCAACCCCCAAGCUGUGAGACGUCACUGAUGACUCCCACAGGCCUACAGGCCGUUUUAGAGCCAACACUCCGACACAGCCUCGCCCUGCACGUUUCACACGGCAGGUUGAGACUCGCUCGGGCGAGUCGCAUCGCGGAGGAGGCAAUUGCAGAAUGGGCGUGCCACCAGCUGAAAGCAGCGUUGCCAGCCGCACAAUGGCAUCCAAUUGUGCCGGAUCGUACAUCUUGGCAAUCCCAUCACCUAUCCGUCGCAAGGAUGUCCCGUCCCCCAGUCUCUACUAAGCAGUCUUCGCUAUUAGCGGAUCUCGUCAGGGGUGCAAUCGCUUCGCAAGUGCAUGCUAAUUGCGACUCGCCCUUGGAACUGCCGUUCUUCAUUUCUCCCGCUGCCAUUCUACACCUGUUUUGCGGAAAUCCCCUCCUUCAAUAUUCUCGCUGGCUGCAACCUUCGUUUUCGCAGACUGGCGAGAGACCAAAGAAACAAAGUACUCUUAUUCGCGUCUAACAAUCUUCUUCUUUUUUUCUCUGUACUGGUGUGGCUGCGCUCGAGUACCGACGUUCAUUAUCGCUUGACGCAACUUUAUUGCUUGGACUCUCAUUUCUUUCAGACGAACUGAUUGUUUGCCACGGCGCGGUUGGAGGAAAACGGCCUGAUUUGGCAACUCGUGCUACGCGACGGCAAUUUGCGA